GUACGAGUACAGUCAAGAUGGCGGAUGGUCUCCGAGAAGUAUGAUGUUGGAUCGGAGAUAGCCAGUAUUUCUGUAAUUCGCUGCAAUUAUGUUUGUCUUCUCGACUUGUGGCCAUCAGAGGAAAACAUUUGUGCUGCUAUUUAGCCGUUUAAGGUUUUAUAAGGUAUUUAUUCUGCUUCUACUAGCUAGAGAGGCUUCUUGUACAUGUUGGUGGUAUAAUAUACAUAAAUGGAGUGAUUUUGUUGCAGGCUGACUCAUUUUCACUGUAUUUUAAGCUCUUACAUAAAGCAAAGCUUUCAUCGCACCCCAGGAAAAAGGACACCCCUGUAAAAGAAGUAACACUGUACUAUUACAAUCGCCAAAAAUUCUUUCGUCUGGUGGGCCUUGCUUGUGCCAGUCAGUUUGUAUUUUGGGCAUGGAUGGCUUAUUUUCAGUUGAGUAGGGUGCAGUUUGCAGAUCUACUAAAUCUUGAAAGCAAAAAGAGCCAGGAAAAGAUUCUUGAUGUCUCAUCAAAACCAGGAGUCUCGUGGAAAGUCGUCAGAUUUGUAGAGGUGAGUAGCCAAAUCUUUGCUAAUAGUAUGCAAAGUUAUAAAUUACUUACCACCAGUCAUCCCUUUAGUGUGGGGGAAGGGGGAUUCCACCAGGGGGGAUGGGCUAUGUGAGAAUGAUGCAAACAACUGUAGUGUUGGGGAGGAUGCAGAUGAAGCCAUAUAAUAUUGUACCCCCCACCCCCCAGUCAUGCUACAGACUGAAGCCAUUCUGGCUCAAAAUGGGCCUUUCACAAAAUACCUGGACAGACCAUGAGGAAUUAACCCUUGUAACCCUUUCUCUAACCUUUUGUCUUUCAAUGAGUCACUGGAAUUAAUCCAGUCCAGUCCAAUCCAGGUUUUGUCAAAGCCUCAAAUAGAUGUCCAGACCUGGUGUCAAUCAAGAAAGCUUUUUUAGUGUUAUUUAUGGGGGGAACUAUUGUUUUACUGUCUGAAAGCAAUAGCUUCACCUGUAAUUACACUGGUAAACGUUUCACUGAAUUUAGCCUUGGAUUGAAAUAGCAUUAUCACACAUACUACUCUGUAGUUUUCUUGUUUUUGUUAAACCACAGAAAUCGGAUGGAAUUUUUAGACAGAAUAAAACAUUAUGGUAGCAGGAUGGAUACAUUUUCUUAAUAGUUACUUAAUAUAAUAAUUUAUCCACAGGAGCGACCUGUUUUGCUGGCCAGUGUCGCUAUUGCUGUGGGGUUGUUUUUUACUACCUCAGGAUGGAUUUACAGUCUCAGGUACCCAGUGAUUAGGGCCAGAUUAUCAAAGCAAAUAGCAUACAAGAAGGAUUAAGGGUUAGGAUAUAAGAUUGCUUUCAUGAUCAAAUUGUAUUGUAUUAAACAGAAACGUUACGUGUAUUUUCUCUGUUGUGCCUCUCUGGAACAUUUAAGGGUGAAGGAAAUCAAGGAGGGCAAUUUUUGUUAUUGCUUUUAAGGUCAAGGUGUAAAUAAUAAAACAGUUUGGCGAAAAAGUUACCAAAAAAAUGAUCCACUUUAUUUAGUUCUACAAUCGGAGACAAAAUUGUUGAGACAUUGUACUCAAGUAGGGUAACUUCAGAGAACAAAACAAUCCACACCCCUCCCCUGUCACCUCCAUUCAAAGUUGGGGUGUUUGUUGUUUUCUGUAGGUAGCUCGAACAUCGACACAACAGUGCAUGGAGGGGGUGGGGGAGGAAAAGCUAUGUUUCCUCCUUUGCCAAUUGUUGACUCCCUCCUACUCCACUUGGUAAAAGUCAUUAUAUUGUUUUUUCCUGCAAGUGUUCAACAUAACUUCAAGGCCGUAUGCUAUUUGCAUAUUACUGAAUUGUUUUUGACUUGAAAUAACAUAUGCAUACAAAUUGCACGAACCUCAACUGAACAUUUUUGUCUUAAUUCCUUUUAUCAUCCCUGGCUUGAAAUUCCAAACCUAAGGUUAUGAUUAAAGGAAAAUUGACCAUCAAUAAGAGAUUCAAAAGCUGAGGUUUCAAGUGCUUAGCCUCAGAGCAAAUGUCAUUUCAAUUAAGUAUUGUUUCUUUCCUUGCAACACUCAGAUUUUGUCUGUGCUUUUUUCCAGUGACUUUUCUUUGUGAAAGCGGAGAAUAGUGAGAGAUAAAGAUACUUACAAUAAUGCUACUGAAUAGAGGUUGUUUAUGUAAAAAGAAUCUUUUAAGAAAAAAAAAAAAACGGGUAAGGCAUGUCUGAUUGAACUGCAUCAAGGCUGUGCUCUGACCUUGUGAAAUCCAGGGUGCCCAGCAUAUGAUUUGUAUGAAAAAAGGUAGAUUUUCUAGUUGCACAAGACAAAAGUAAGACACCAUAAGCCACUGGGCGCUGCUAGAGUACAGCCCAGGGCGUAAUAUUCAGCAUUUGAAGUGCAAGGCAAGACUGAGAUAAGAAUGAGUUCAAAAUAACAUGUCUGAUGUUCUCAACUUCUUUUCAGGAGUGUAAACCGACUGGUGCUUCAGGGGAACAAUGUACGGGUGGUGACUCAUACACCUCUGGGUGGAACACGAUCUUUAACGGUUCCCAUCUCAGAGGUGUCCUGCUCAGGUUCCAGAAUUGGUAAUUACAAUGAAACGUAAAGUUAGUGCACAGCUUUGAGAAACCUACAAGUUAUUCUUGAUGAUGAAGAUGAACUCUUACAUCUCUAUUAGUCCCGAUUUUUAGAGUAGCUUACAGGAGCUAAUAUCUUUGAGGGAAAAUACAUAAAAUGCAUAAACAAACCUGUAUGAAACAGUCAGCCUGUAUUUAGCCUUCAGUAAGCCAUCCCUAAUGGUGACCAUGCACUUUUUACAGGUUCGACUUCAUGUGGCAUUAUUUGUCCUCUUCUUAGCUCUUAAUAGAGCAACCCCCAGUGUUUAAGAGUCAUAUGUUUGAAUUCUGUUGGAGACUCAUGUCCCAUGCAUGUUCGUGACAUACAAAUUACCACUCUUUGUUUUAUGUGGCAAAAUUUCUGUGACCAUAGCUUAUUCAGUGGGUAAUAAGAACACUCACACAGACAACUUAUGUGGCACAUGGCCAAAUUAGAGAGAAACAGCUGUCCAUGGUUGCCAUGGGCCAGGUGAUAUGGCUGUACACAUGCAAAUGAUACUGGCCAGGUCGUGGGUUGGUGUCUGAGUGUCUGACUUGCUGCUGUGAUAAAAUUAAUGAAAAGGGACUUCACACAAUACUUAACAAUUAUUGGAUGAGGCUAAAUAUGAUCUAAAGAAUUAUGCAAAUUGGAUAACAAUCCCCUAGAUUUGCAAAAUUCUUCAGAUCCUAAGAAAGCCGUAUCCAGGAAUUUUUUUUUAUUAUUCAUUCAAAAUAAUAUGCUUAACUUGAUCGAUGUUAAGUUCCUGUCUUCGUUUGACUGUUACGCAGUAAAUCCAGGAUAUAAACAGAUAAAGGGAAGAUUUAACCAGCAGAAAUUCUUCAAACAGCAGUUGUCAUCCGUCAAUUUUGCUAGUGCUGUUUUUAGCCAGUAGUUUGACGAUUUCUUUUUUGACAAAUAUGUCAAAUUAUUCGCCGUUUUCUCCAUCGCUACCAAAACAACGCACCCUGGUUGCCAGUCUGUCUCAAUUACCGUCCCUUUUUCUGGCGUUUAUCCUGUACCAUUGACGAUCGCCAACGUCCUCCAAAUCUGGUCAACCCGGUGUGGUUUUGAAGAAUUAGCCGGGGAAUUUGAGCCAAUCAGAAACAGGAAAAUAUUUUGAGUGAAUGAUACAAGAGUUAACUCUCAGGCUUCGUGUAACAUGCUCAUCUUUGCCUGUCUUUGAAGGUACAAAGCCACAAGUGACAUUGAAGUUGAAAGGCCACAGUUUUUUCUUCCUUGUUGACAAAGAGGGGGAAUUUUUGCAGCCUACGUUAUUUGACAAAACAGUUGGAGUGAAAAGAUUCUAAUCAAGAAAUGCAU